UUGCUUUUCACAACAUUAUUGGUGUAUAAUUUCGUAGGAGCACAAUACUCAUAAAGUAUGCCUAAACAUGUUUGCUCUAAAGAAAUUUGUUGUGUAUUUUAAAUGUUUAAUGAUUAUUAGUGUAUCACCGAAUCGUUAAAUUGGCUUCAUUAUCGUUGGGAAAUUGUCUAAAGACAAAAGGAUAAAAAAUGAUGCGUUUUGUUGUCAUCUUGUGGUUGAUGCUGGCCGUGACUCUUAAAUUGGCCGUCAAAUCGGGAUGGAACAAAAAGUUUGAAUUUUGUGAAGAUAAAUGGAAUGUGUUUGUUCAAGAAAAAAAUAAAUUGGAAGAAAGGUGCGGAAAUUUGUCUUUAACUAAUGGUUGCAUCGAAGAGAAAAAUUAUCUUUUGGAACGAUUCAGGAUGUUCAGUGAAAUUUGUCCACUUGAAGGUAAAUGUUCGUGUGCAAAAAAUGUCGUGAACAAAAUCCUCGAAGGUCGGAAACGAGUAGCAAAUAUAUCUUGGAGUGAACCGGAAAACUUCACUUGUUCCCAUAAAUACAUAAAAGAAGGAGAGGAAAAGCCGAACAUUAGUUCUCCACAGUGGUUCUUAAUAGGACAGCACAAAAUUCCGUACAAGUACUUUCUAUAUGGUGGAAAAAUUUCAACAUGCUAUGUUCAUAUUAACAUUAACAUAAAAAAAGUUGUUUGA